CGGAUGGUCAUGGCGUUGGGUCGGUUCGAAAGAUCGUGAACCGCCGCCGGGACGAUGAGCAAGCUCUCGCAGUGGGCGGAGGAAGACGACGCAGACGAAGACGAGAACAUCCUGUGGGACGACUCGACGGAGCGCAAGUUGGCCGAGAACCAUGGCGGCUUCCACCUCCGGCGCAAGAGCCAGACCGAGAUGACGACGACGAGCUCCAAGAAACAGCCGCCGCCGCCGCCGACGCACUUGGAGGACCCGCCGCUCAAGAUCACGCUCGCAUCGAGUAGUGCGCAGGUCGUCAAGAAGAUUGGACGCAAGACAAACAAGUUUGGUCUCGGGUCGCCGUCGGCGCCGACGACGAAGCUCAAGCUACAAUAUCGCACCAACGUGCCAUCGCACGGCAGCGCCAAGCGUGGGACCAAAGCUGCUACAUCAACCGUCGCGACGUCUGCAUCGAUGGUCUCAUCGGGCCUCAGUGCGAGCUCGGUCUCGAGCACGGGCUCGAUCGGCACGUCGAUGGCCCAGCUGCUCAAGGCCGCCGAGAAUCCCGAACAGGUCCGCCGCUUCCUCCUCGCCGAGGUCAAGCAGAUGACCAUUGAACGGCUCGUGGCCGAUGCAAAACGAUUUGCAUACCUCGAAACCCUCCACGCAAAGACGACCUCGUCGUCGUCCGGAUAGAACUAGACCCAUCAACACGAAGCGACCCUGGUAUACACAAA